AACCCAGAUAUAAGGAAGGCAAAAGUAACACAAGACCCUUGUCAUCAUGGAUUUCUCUUAUUCAUGCAACGACCACGCACCCGAGAUUGUUUUCUUUGAUUUGGAAACUACAGUGCCCAAAAGAGUUGGAGAUCGUUUCUGGGUGCUGGAGUUUGGUGCUAUUGUAGUUACUCCUCACAAACUCAACGAGGUUGAGAGCUACACCACCCUCAUAAAACCCAAAGACUUGUCUGUAGUCGCUGUGAAAUCUAGCAGAAGUGAUGGAAUAACACGUAAAGCUGUUGAAAAUGCACCAUCUUUUGAAGAUGUUGCAGACAGAAUAUUCGGUAUCUUGAAUGGAAGGGUGUGGGCGGGGCAUAACAUCCAGAGAUUUGACUGUCCCCGGAUCAAAGAGGCCUUUGAUUAUAUCAAUAGGCCACCACCCUUACCUGUUGGAAUCAUUGAUUCUUUGAGGGUCCUAACUGAGAAGUUUGGAAGAAGAGCUGGUAAUAUGAAGAUGGCAUCAUUGGCUUCUUAUUUUGGUAUUGGCCAACAAAAACACAGGAGUCUGGAUGAUGUUCGCAUGAACUUGGAGGUGGUUAAGCAUUGUGCAACGGUGUUGUUUCUGGAAUCUAGUCUACCAAACAUGUUUGAAAGCAAAUGGUAUGAAUCACCCAGCAUUAUGACGCGAAGCAGAAGCAACGGGAAAUCACCCUGCAAGGAAGAGACUAGUAGAAAAUCUCCCCCUACUGCAUUAGGGAAUCGGAGGACUGUCCCCUAUGCUAGGGGAAGUUUGGGAAAGGUGACUGAAAGAGUGAAGGGCUUGUUGUGUAAAGCACAAGGGCAACCACCACUUCAACAACUUCUCAAGCAUUCUCAUUCAUUACUACGGUGAAGAAAGUGGCAUCAUGGAAGAGAAGAAGGGUUUUGUUGAGUUGGCAUAUAUUGGAAGGAAGCAAUGUGCAUGAACAAGAUGCCAGAAUGUUUUUCAGGAUUCUGAAGAAACCAAGGGGAAGCCGUAAUACAUUUGUGUAGAAUUCAAUUAAUUGUUAGAGUUGUGUAUAAUUCAGUCAUUCUGAUUCAUAUAUCAAGCAUAGUUCUAAAAUGAAAUAUGACAAUUAACAAAACAGUAUAUCUGUAAAUGAAAUCCAAAAUGAAUAUUAAUUAACAUCUA